AUGUUUUCUCGUGCAGCGUUUGUUUCUUGGUUGCUGGCGGUGCCACUGGCAUCAGCCUCGUCCGUAUGCCGUUGCUUCCCUAGCGAUGCAUGCUGGCCAUCGGAUAAUGUCUGGUCGCAAUUCAAUAAGACCAUUGACGGACGUCUCGUGAAGACUGUCCCGCUUGGUGUACCCUGUCAUGCUCCGAACUACAAUGCCGAGACGUGCGAGGUCUUGAAGGAUGGAUGGUUAUUACCAGAGGAACACUAUCAAUCAUCCUCUUCGGUCAUGGCCCCGUUCUUUGCGAAUGGCACAUGUGAUCCCUUCCACCCUGUCUCGAAGCCAUGCACCAUCGGCAACUAUGUGCAAUACAGCGUGAAUGUCACAACCCCAACGCAGAUUUCCAGAGCCGUGAAAUUUGCGACCAAGUAUAACAUCCGUCUGGUCAUUCGGAACACAGGCCACGACUACAAUGGCAGAUCCACAGGCGCGGGUGCUCUCGCGAUCUGGACGCACCACCUCAAGGACUUAGAGCUCCACUCGUACAAGGAUGCGCAUUACAGCGGCAAGGCCAUUACCAUGGGUGCUGGAAUUCAGGGGUUCGAAGCGUACGAGAUUGCCGAUGCCAACGGCCUCCAGGUUGUGGGAGGUGAAUGUCCUACCGUUGGCUUAGCUGGUGGCUAUACCCAGGGUGGUGGCCACUCGGCCCUUGCAUCUCGCUAUGGCCUCGGUGCUGACCAAGUCCUCAAGUGGGAGGUCAUUGAUGGAAGAGGAAACUUCAUCACGGCCACUCGCGAUAACAAGUACUCCGACAUUUUCUGGGCCCUCGGUGGUGGUGGCGCCGGUACCUAUGGUAUCGUUUAUUCACUGACUUCCAAGGCACAUCCGGGUACCCCUGUGUCUGGAUUUAACCUGACCUACACCAAUGCGAACAUCACGCAGGAUACUUUUUACCGCGGUGUAGAGCUCUACAACACGUAUCUUCCCCAGAUCGUGGACGCUGGCGCCAUGAGCGUUUGGUACUACACCAACACCAGCUUUAUGAUCUCUCCAAUCACCGCGCCGAAUAUCCCUGUCGCGAAACUGGAGCAGAUGCUCAAUCCUUUUUUGAAAGGUCUGGAAAAGCUUGGCAUUGAGUACACUAAGGCGGCCAGUCAGUACGACAGCUACUAUAGCCAGUUCAAGGACAUGCAAGGCACCAUCGAGGUUGGGACAGCUCAGUAUGGCGGGUGGCUGGUGCCACGGUCCGUAGUCCAGAAAAACAACAAGGCCCUGGUAAACGCCUACCGCUACAUCACUGAGAACGGCGGCACCUUCAUUGGAGUUGGCCUAAAUGUCGCCAAGAACGUCUCGGGGGACGUCUAUAAUGCCGUCCUGCCUGCCUGGCGUGAGGCGCUCAUCGAUACCACCCUCACCACACCGUGGGUGUGGGAUGAUCCCGCUCUGAUGCUGGAGCGACAGCGCCAGAUGACUGAUGACUUUAUCCCCCGACUACGAGCGCUGUCCCCGGACUCUGGUGCAUAUAUGAACGAGGGUGACUUCCGCCAGCCCGAUUUCCAGCAAGUCUUCUAUGGCAAGAAUUAUGCCAGGCUCGAGAAAAUCAAGGCCAAAUAUGACCCCAACGGCAUUUUCUACGCCAGGACCGCGGUUGGAUCGGAGGCGUGGACGGAACUUGAAAAUGGCCGCCUGUGCAAAACUUGA